UGUCUCCCCUCGCCGCAUCUACUCUCCAGCCGGCCGCCCGCCGCCGCCGCCGCCGCCUCCUCCUCCGCGCCGCCCAGCCAAGCCCGCGCCGCCACCAUGAGCCAGGCCUACUCGUCCAGCCAGCGCGUGUCCUCUUACCGCCGCACCUUCGGCGGGGCCCCGAGCUUCCCGCUCGGCUCGCCGCUGAGCUCGCCCGUGUUCCCGCGCGCGGGCUUCGGCACCAAGGGCUCCUCGAGCUCGGUGACCUCCCGAGUGUACCAGGUGUCGCGCACGUCGGGCGGGGCCGGGGGCCUGGGGCCGCUGCGGGCCAGCCGGCUGGGGGCCACCCGCGUGCCCUCCUCAUCCUACGGCGCGGGCGAGCUGCUGGACUUCUCGCUGGCAGACGCCGUCAACCAGGAGUUCCUGACCACGCGCACCAACGAGAAAGUGGAGCUGCAGGAGCUCAAUGAUCGCUUUGCCAACUACAUCGAGAAGGUGCGCUUCCUGGAGCAGCAGAACGCGGCACUCGCCGCCGAGGUGAACCGGCUCAAGGGCCGCGAGCCGACCCGGGUGGCCGAGAUCUACGAGGAGGAGCUGCGCGAGCUGCGGCGCCAGGUGGAGGUGCUCACCAACCAGCGCGCCCGCGUCGACGUCGAGCGGGACAACCUGCUGGACGACCUGCAGCGGCUCAAGGCCAAGCUGCAAGAGGAAAUUCAGUUGAAAGAAGAAGCCGAGAACAAUUUGGCUGCCUUCCGAGCGGAUGUGGAUGCAGCCACUCUAGCUCGAAUUGACCUGGAGCGCAGGAUCGAAUCUCUCAACGAGGAAAUUGCGUUCCUUAAGAAAGUACACGAAGAGGAGAUCCGAGAACUGCAGGCCCAGCUUCAGGAACAACAGGUCCAGGUGGAGAUGGACAUGUCCAAGCCAGACCUCACCGCCGCCCUCAGGGACAUCCGGGCUCAGUACGAGACCAUCGCGGCUAAGAACAUCUCGGAAGCCGAAGAGUGGUACAAGUCGAAGGUGUCUGACCUGACCCAGGCAGCCAAUAAGAACAAUGAUGCACUGCGCCAGGCCAAGCAGGAGAUGAUGGAGUAUCGCCAUCAGAUCCAGUCCUACACCUGCGAGAUUGAUGCCCUCAAGGGCACUAAUGAUUCCCUGAUGAGGCAGAUGCGGGAGCUGGAGGACCGCUUUGCUAGUGAGGCCAGCGGCUACCAGGACAACAUCGCACGCCUGGAGGAGGAGAUCCGACACCUCAAGGAUGAGAUGGCCCGCCACCUGCGCGAGUACCAGGACCUGCUCAAUGUCAAGAUGGCCCUGGAUGUGGAGAUUGCCACCUACCGGAAGCUGCUGGAGGGCGAGGAGAGCCGGAUCAACCUCCCUAUCCAGACCUUCUCUGCCCUCAACUUCCGAGAAACAAGCCCUGAGCAAAGGGGUUCUGAGGUCCAUACCAAGAAGACAGUGAUGAUCAAGACCAUCGAGACCCGGGAUGGGGAGGUCGUCAGUGAGGCCACACAGCAGCAACACGAGGUGCUCUAAAGCCAGAGACCCUUCUGCCACCAGAGACCGUCCUCAGCCCUACCCUCACUGCCUCCUGAAGCCAGCCUCCUUCCAUCCCAAGGCACCACACCCAGCCACAGUGCUCCCCUCACAGCCUCCCACCCCUGCUCACUGACCACCCGUCACGGUCCCCACAGGGGACAUGGCCCAUUCCCGCCUGGGCACAGGGAGCUCCCCCCCCCCCAACUGUGUGAGGUCUGGAUGUUGGAAGUGAGUGAGCCUGGCCCUUGGCCGCCCUUGGAGUGUGCUGGGCAGGGCUGGGAUGGAGCCGAGCACAGCAGUGACCCUGCCCCUCCCACCUUUGUGGCCUCAGGCUCUAGCCUCUGGCUUUGGAGAAGGCUCCAGAGCAAGGUGUAGGGACCCCACAGAGUCAAGUUCAAAUCCCGCGGACCUCCCCGCCCCCCUUGCCCCAGUCUGAGUCAGAGAGAAAGGGCAGAGUCUUCAGCAAGCCAGGCAGGUAACUGGGGACCUAGCCACCUACCAUGGAGACCGGAGGGCUUGAAACUGACCCAUGGUCCCUUACUUUCCCAGGGUGGGCUUUGAAAGCAGGGGCUGCAAGAGGGAAUCCCCGAAGGUGCCAGAUGUGGGAGCAGGACAGUCAGAAGGAGACAGGGUGGGCGAGACGCUGGAGAAGAGAGAGGAGAGGAGAGGAGAGAGCAGAGAGCGGUCUCAGGCAGGUGGCAGGGGUGCGCACCUCCCCGGACCUGCCCCUCCCCCACUGCAGGGGCUCUGGACAGAAACAAUAAAAAGAUAAGCACAAGCCUA